GCCGCCGCCAGCUUUCCGCGGAGAAAAGCGCACUGGAGUUUGUGCUGCUAGUGGUGCACGAGGUUCGUGGGUUCUGCUUUUAAACGCGUCUGUAAAUCGAGAUGUCGCACCCAUCCCCAGAAGCUAAGCCUUCCAAUCCCAGUAACCCCCGAGUCUUCUUUGACGUGGACAUCGGAGAGGAGCGAGUUGGUCGAAUAGUCUUAGAAUUGUUUGCAGAUAUUGUACCCAAAACUGCAGAAAAUUUUCGUGCAUUGUGCACAGGAGAAAAAGGCAUYGGACCCACGACUGGGAAACCUCUCUAUUUCAAAGGAUGUCCUUUUCAUCGAAUUAUUAAGAAAUUUAUGAUUCAGGGUGGAGACUUCUCAAAUCAGAAUGGGACAGGUGGWGAAAGUAUUUAUGGUGAAAAAUUUGAAGAUGAAAAUUUCUACUAUAAGCAUGAUCGGGAGGGUUUAUUGAGCAUGGCAAACGCAGGCCGAAAUACAAAUGGUUCUCAGUUCUUUAUCACGACAGUUCCGACUCCUCAUUUGGAUGGGAAGCAUGUGGUGUUUGGCCAAGUAAUUAAAGGCAUAGGUGUGGCAAGGAUGCUGGAAAAUGUAGAAGUGAAAGGUGAAAAACCUGUCAAAUGUUUGUAUUCCUUUGUACAGGUAGAUAAAAUUUUACUAAUAACAGAAGACUUAAAAAAUAUUGGAAAUACUUUUUUCAAAUCCCAGAACUGGGAGAUGGCCAUGAAAAAAUAUGCAAAGGUUUUAAGAUAUGUGGAUAGUUCAAAGGCUGUUAUUGAGAAAGCAGAUGGAUCUAGGCUGCAGUCUAUAGCCUUAAGCUGUGUGCUGAAUAUUGGUGCUUGUAAACUGAAGAUGUCAAAUUGGCAGGGAGCAGUUGACAGUUGUUUAGAGGCUCUUGAAAUGGACCCAUCAAAUACUAAAGCACUGUAUCGAAGAGCUCAAGGAUGGCAAGGAUUAAAAGAAUACGAUCAGGCACUGGCUGAUCUUAAGAAAGCUCAGGAGAUAGCACCAGAAGAUAAAGCCAUCCAGGCAGAAUUGCUGAAAGUCAAACAGAAGAUAAAGGCAGAGAAAGAUAAAGAGAAGGCAGUAUAUGCAAAAAUGUUUGCUUAGAAAGGAUUCAAUUUGCUUAAAUAUUAUGCAUUUAUUGUAUAAAGGCAAUAAGACAAUGUAAGAGUUAUUGUGUCUAUAUGUGAUUGCUAAUGUGAUUCCUUUGACAUUUCAGUUCUUCAUUGUUUACACUUUAAAAUACUGAUACAGGUUCCCUGUUAAUAAAAAGUGGCAAAAAAUA